AUGGACCGGAUUCAAAUAGUAUAUCGGUCUGUCAUACAAUAUCGGCCUAUGGUGAUAACCGAGGGUCACAUGAUUUUAUAUACCAAUUCUGAUGCCGUUUGGUGUAAAGUAUUUCCCACUACUCUGGUUGGAGUAGCAGCCGAUUGGUUUAAUAACCUUGAAAAUGGAGCAAUCCACAGUUUCCAACAAUUAGCCGAAAUGUUCGUGGGGCAGUAUGUCAGCAACAGUGUUCGGCAGAGAACCUCUGGAGAGUUAAUGGCUGUUACUCAAAAGGCAGAUGAAUCUCUAAGGGAUUAUAUAAGGAGGUUUAAUAAUGAAGCCAAUACAAUUCCAAGAUUGCAGCAGGAGAUAGCAGUCAUGGCACUAAUGAACGGUCUGAAUGAUUCAGAAUUUAAAAGAUACUUAACCUGA